AUGGAUAAACCGGAUACUUCUAAAGCAUUGUGUGAGUACAAAGCUAGAUUUAUCACAGAGGGGGAACGGAUGGCGAAAGAUAUCCUACCAGCAAAGUUUGUUGAACUGGAUAAUAUUUACCACGAAAUAAAAAAUUUAAAGCUGUCCAAGACAAAUACUGAAAGGAAAGAAUUGAACAUUGAAAGAGUUUUAAUCAACAGUCUGGGAAACAAUUCUACGAGAAGCAACUUCUCCUCACGAUUGCAUGCAUCAGCAAUCAAUGAAAAUGCUAUAACCUCUAACCAGAUUCUUUUGGAAGUAAUCGAGAAACUUAAACCCCAUAUUGAUGAUCUGGUAGGUAGUUCGUGUGAAAUAAAGAUGUGGAUUACUCUCCUGAUUCCACGAAUUCAAGACGGAAAUAAUUUUGGCGUGUCUGUUCAAGAGGCGGUGAUGGAAGAAGCCUCUACUAUUGAAAUGAAAGCAAAGUCCCUCAAAGAAUCUGGAACAGAUUAUUUUUUCUUCAGAGCAAAGAUGAUUUCUAAAAUUAUAAAAUAUCCAGAAAUCACUGAUUACAAAAUGGCUGUGAUGGAGUUUGAUUCCAAUGAAUUGCAAAAUCAGAUAAACCUUUGUCGAGAUAUGAGAAAUAUGUAUGCCAAACUUCACGAUCUUGUGAUUAAAAAUUUACAUAAAAUACAGAAUCCCCGAUCAGAUCAUGCAGGGGAUUUGUACUGA